AAUCAUGACAUUGGAUCGCACGGCAAAUGCUUUAACUUCCUCUAUCAGGGUAGUGUCUCACUAUGGGUUGUUCGACGGUGGUCGAUAAACCGCCAGGAUGUCAAGGGCUUGAGACCCCGUCGUUCUGACGGUGAGCAAAAGGGCCUCUAUGUCGGGCGCGAGGUGGUUGGAAAACCCUUUACCAUGAUUCUUCCGCCUCCCAAUAUCACGGGAGAUCUGCACCUGGGCCAUGCUCUGACGGCGGCCAUUCAGGAUGCCAUCUGUCGAUGGGAACGUUUUCCGACAUCGCAGCAGAUGAAGGGGCGGAAUGUGCUCUGGAUUCCUGGAAUGGAUCAUGCGGGGCUGGCUACACAGAUGGUUGUUGAAAGACACCUGUUUGGAGACACCUGCGACCUCCAGGGUUCACGAAACCCCCGACUUCAGAUGGGUCGUGAGGCCUUUGUUCAAGAAGUCUGGAAGUGGAAGGAUUCAAAGGGGACAAAUAUCCUCGCGCAACUGAACCGCCUAGGUCUACUGUUGGACUGGUCUCGUGAGUAUUUCACCCUGAGCCCGGAGCACAGCAAGGCCGUGAACGAAGCUCUGUACCGGCUCUUCAAGACUGGACUCAUCUAUCGGUCAAAUAGUCUGGUCUUCUGGUGUUGUCAUCUGCGAUCGGCCAUCUCAGACAUCGAGGUCGAACACAAAGUCCUUACCGAGAUGUCCAGACUGCCAGUUCCGGGUUAUGCUGACCCACAGUCCUUUGGUUACGUUGACGUCUUCGACUACCAACUGACAUCUUCCGAUCAGCCCGUCGUAUCCAAGUCCAGAAGGCCCUGUGGUACGGUCCCUGUUGCUACCACUAGACUGGAAACAAUGCUGGCAGAUACAGCACUUGCUGUUCACCCCAGCGACACGCGAUUUGCACAUCUGAUUGGACGGAGUGUCCUCCAUCCCUUUUGUAGUUCGCGCCAUAUCCCAAUCAUCGCCGAUGAUGUGCACGUGGACCCCAACCAGGGCACUGGUGUUGUCAAGGUAAGCCCAGGUCACAGUAUGGUCGAUUGGGAGAUAGCUACCAGGCAUGGUCUUAAGGCUAUCAACAUGCUCAGCGACGACGGCACUGUGAACUUCGUUGGACGCUUUGCUGUCGGUGAGUCCGCAGAAUUCCUGGCUCCGGUCGGUGCCGUCAGCCUUCCCGUCUGCUCUCGCUCAGGUGAUGUGAUCGAACCGCUUCUGCGCGAGCAGUGGUUCGUGAACACGGACUCGAUGGCCGACGCUGCACUCCGGGCCGCACAGACUGGUCAGGUGCGCAUAUCACCGAGCUUUUAUGAACCAACUUGGUGUGAUUGGCUGGCUCCGGAGAAACGACGUCAUUGGUGCAUCAGCCGACAAGUUUGGUGGGGCCAUCGCAUGCCGGCCUAUCGGAUUCCGGAGAAGUCUUCUGAUUCGCCGUCUGUCGAGGCUGUUGAUUUUCCUGAUGGCAAUUUGGUUUGUUUGUCUGACCUAAAGGCACUCUUUGGGGUCUCUGCUAUCAGCCUCCAUGGACGUUUCAUGUAG